AGCCAGCUCGAAGCGGCGGGCAACACCGAGCCAUGGAGGGCGAUGUGCGUGUCCGAGCCGUGGUGAUGACACGUGAUGAUUCUAGCGGUGGCUGGGUGCCCCUUGGAGGCGGCGGCCUCAGUCACGUGGUCAUAUGCAAGGGGCGGAGCUCUCAAGGUCGUGGGCGGAGAGAGUACGUCAUACGUGGAGAACGGCUACGCGAUCGAGCACCUGUGCUGGAAUGCGCCAUUCAAAAGGGUCUGGUCUACAAUAAGGUGAACCCCAUCUUCCAUCACUGGCGUGUGGAGGAGAGGAAGUUUGGUCUGACCUUCCAGAGCCCAGCUGACGCCAUCUCCUUCGAGAAGGGGCUUCAAAGUGUCCUUGAGAAGCUGGACAGAGGAUCUGACUCGCCAUCCUCCUCGACACCUGAAGAGGGCGACACAGAGGAUGACGGUCAAGCAUCUCAUACAGGGAGUGAGUCGUCAUCCAACAGCAGAAAAGAGAUGCUGCCCAAACCCAUUACCAUUGUGACCAGUGAGUCGUCCUCCACCUGUUUUGUGCGCUCCACAGAGGAGUUUGCGUAUGGGACAGGGCACGCCUGCACGACGCAGACCCCAGCUCAGAUCCACACCCGACCUGCCCAGGACCAGCUCACCCAAGUAACCGCCGUUUUGAACCCUCCGGCGCCCCCUCCGCCUCCUCCGGCCCCCCCGACCCCCCCCAUAUUGCCCCCUACCUCGUCCCCCCUCUCUCCGCUCUCGCCCACCAUCUCCCUGCUGGAGGAAGGGGAUCUCCGUAGCCUGGACCCGUGCAAGGACCUGUGGGGUACACGCGGCUACGAGGACUACCGCCGCGCCGGUGCUACACGGACCAAGGUGGGCGGGCUGACGGGGGGCGUGGUGGUGGGCGGCGGCCAGGACAAGACGGAGCUCUGCGUGGUGCGCUUCGAGAAGGAACUGGCCGGCGUGGGCACCACGGGCUGCGAGGUCACCGUCAUGCUGGACACCAAAGGCUCUCAGCGCAACUCUUCGCCCACCUGCAUGCCCAACGCCGUGCCGGGAGUGCCGUCGGCCAGCGGCUCCCCGGAGGAGACGGGCAAAAGCUCGCCCUCACCCUGCUGCAUUCACACCUCGCUCGCCACGCCCCGCUCUCGGACUCGCAAGCGAGGGGCCGGCGGAGGGGAAGCCAUCUCGCCCGACGACGACAGCUCCUGUCCUCAGGGCUCCUCCUCUUGCUCGUCACGCUGCGUGUACUGCCGCUCCGUCUUCAGCGCCUCUGAGAACGGACGGGGGCGCUGCCGGGACGCUCCCGAUCCGGCGCUACACUGCUUGCGCCAGUGGACGUGUGUGUGGUGCGCGGAGAGCCUGCUCUACCACUGCAUGUCGGACUCCGAGGGCGAGUUCUGGGAGCCGUGCUCGUGCGAGGACUCGAUGGGAGGCCGGCCGCACACGCUGUGCUGCGCCCGUUGGAUGGUGCUUUUGACACUGUCUCUUUUUGUGCCCUGCAUGUGCUGCUACCUGCCCCUGCGCGCAUGCCUGCGCUGUGGGGAGAGAUGCGGCUGCUGCGGAGGAAAGCACAAGGCCGUGCGAUGAGGCCUGAUUGGGGGGAGGGCGUGUG